ACUCCUGCUCACUUAAAAGAACCGAAUCAUAGAAUCGACUCGUUUCUGUGUUCAAGGCUAGAGGAUCUCUUUCUCCCAGAGUUAUCUAUCCCGGAUAAAUGGUUUAUUUCUGUGUUUAUAAUAAUGCGAGAAGAUGAUGAUGAGAUCUAUCAUAGCUCUUCUGCUGUUCAGCUUUCUCCUGAUCGUGACUGGAGAUAAACACUCUCUGUUGUAUCUCUACACCAUUCAGUCUAUAAACUCUGAUUCUCAUCUCUACGACUGCACUGCUGUAACUCUGCUGAACGACAGACAGAUAGAUUUCUACAGCAGCAGCUCAGAUAAACCCAGAACUGCUAAACAGAACUGGCUGAAGAACAUUUCAGAAUCUGACUGGAAAACCAGCACUGAAAAACUGCAAUGCGACACACAACUGUUAAACAGACUCCUCGACAUUCAGAUGAGUGAGUUUGGACACUCUCACUCAGGUGUUCAUGUUCUUCAGUGGAGGCACGGCUGUGAACAGAGUUCUGAUGGAUCUCUGACUGUAUUAAACAGUAUUAAUGAAUUCGGUUAUGAUGGAGAAGAUCUGAUUCAGUUUAACUGCACCUCUAAAACCUGGAUAACCCCGGAGGAGAAGAAGAACAGAGAGAGGGAGGAGGAGAAGAACAGAGAGAGGGAGGAGAAGAACAGAGAGAGGGAGGAGAAGAAGAACAGAGAGAGGGAGAAGAAGAAGAACAGAGAGAGGGAGGAGGAGUGGAACUCAGGAAAGCUGAUCCUGACCUGCCUGAUCACGGGAUUCUACCCCAAAGACGUGAAGAUGAGUCUGAGGAAGUUCAACACUUCACUUCCUGAUCAUCUGAUCACAUCUUCUGGAGUCAGAACCAAUCACAAUAGAACCUACCAGCUGAGGAAGAGUGUGGAGAUACAGGAAGAUGAGAAAGACCAGUACGAGUGUUACGUGAAUCACAGCUCCCUCACAGAACCAGUGAUUAAAAAAUGGGCUGGAAACUCUGAGACCCCUGUAACUGAAACUUCAACCUCAGUGCUUGUAGUGGUCGCAGUGGUUAUAAUGGUCCUGUGUUCUGGGAUCUUCUGUUUUCUGAUAAUGAAAAGAAGAAAUCGUACAGGGAGUGAUAGUGUAUCACCUUCAGCCAGCAGUGACAGUGACAGUGUGCUCAAAGAUUCAGCAGAUGCUGGAAGUCCAGCUUCAAGUCCACUCUGCAAUGGAGAUAUUAUACUAGUGCACUAUACUAGUCCUGGUCCUGACUCCACCCUGCCCUGCCAACGCACACCUGAUCUACCUAUCAAUCAGCCAUGUCCUGUUAAACCUGUUCACAUGAUCGUCAAGUUUCUCAGUGGGUUUAUUAAAGCAGGCAUUUCUCUAGAAUCUACUGUACAGGACAGCGAUCAGGACCAGGACUGAUGAAGACGGUGAUAAACUCUCUACAGGUAGGUGGGAAUUUAUUUACCACUUCAUGAUACAUC